UAGAACGUGGGAAGUCAGUAAAGUCAGUAACAACAUAAUUUGAUAUAACAUAUUUUCAGAGAAAAUGCGUCGAUCGCUGUUUAUUUCAGUCGCUUUAGGAUUUUGUUUUGUGUUUGCUAAAAAUGGAUCCAUUAUUCUCUCGCCAGAAACCGAGAAUAAGGGUCCACCAAUAUGUACAUCCUCGAGCAGUCUUUGUGGACUAAACUACCGAUACGUCACGGAUGACGAUAUUCCAGUAGAAAUUUUAUACAGUGAAAACGAGAUAUGCCAGUGUCCAGACAACAGAACUUGCGCUAUCCGAUACGACUGGGACCACAUGACAAACUCGGUGGUGCAAAGGCUUUUGACGGGUGGUGGACAUCAACUUCUUGUGAAGAUAAGUUACUGUCAACUGCCGAAAAAGCGAAGAAGACCUUGUGGGUUUAAUAAACCAGUCCUAGUCAGUAGAGGGCGCGGGAUGUUCAAAUUUGAUCUUGUGGGCGAAAUGCUGUGCAUAUGCAAGAACCGGCCUCUUGUUCCAAGGUCGGGCUGGAUUGAAGGAGAAUACGAUUAUGUAGAAUACGGAUGUGGGCAGCCCAAGUGUUCUGCCUUGAAGACGAAAGUUUGUUCUGAUGUAACACUCGUUGGUGAGGAACUUAGAAGUCGAUACUUCUGUCGAUGUAAGAAGUUUGAAAUAUGCAAUGGGGAGUUGCCAUAUGAAAAUGGUCAGACUUUACAACACACAUGUCAGCUGAUGUAAUUUUUCUACCUUAAAGGCUAGAGUGAAGCAAUACAUAGAUCACAUAUUUCGGAAACUGGUUUUAUAAUGUUUACAGUAGAUUGUUCUCCAGAAUUCUAUAGAAACAUCAGACUGUAAAUGACAAAUUUAAUAAAGCAGUAAAGCACACCUCGCUGGAGUAUUGAUUGCUCGAGCACCAGGGCAAACAUGUGGAAUCCAUGUGGUCACCAACCGUAUUUUUUUUAAUUUUCUGUAUUGGAAUCGUUCGAAACCCUGGAUACCUCGAGCAGUUUGCUAAUCUCUUUGCGACUUCAACCGCUGGCGGUUAACUGUGUGACAAUUAUAUAAUUCUAUACCGCUGGGUAUUUUUAUUUUGACUAGAUUUGAUUGCUGAUACUAUUUUUUUAUAAAGCCUCUGAUAGCUUAUAAAGCUACGGUAUGGAACAACUCGAAAUUGUAGACUGAGAAACAUUAAAAUAACAAUGUUUUGUAAUGCCUAUCAAAAUUUAUUUAAAACACUUACUACGUAUGUUUAAAAAGGUUUAAUGCAUUUUUUUUUUCAAAAUCUUGAUACUUAGUAGAACAAUUUGGUGUUUGUUACAUCUUUUCAAUAAUAAGGAUCUCUAAUAUGCUUGUAUUAAAUUUGCAUCUUUUUGAAGUAUGAGCCCGCCCGCUUAGCUCAGUAGGUAAGAGCGUUGGUCUACGGAUCGCGGGGUCGUGAGUUCAAUCCUCGGGCGGGCGUAUGUUCUCCGUGACUAUUUGAUAAACGACAUUGUGUCUGAAAUCAUUAGCCCUCCACCUCUGACUCAUGCGGGGAAGUUGGCAGUUACUUGCGGAGAAAAGGUUUGUACCGGUACAGUAUCCAGGAACACUGGUUAGGUUAACUGCCCGAAAUACUGUUGAAAAACGGCGUUAAACACAAAACCAAUUUGACUAAAGUACUAGAUCUUCUAAACGAAGAUCUGAGAACGACCCAUUCACAUUCGUCUUCUGUAUAUUUUUGAUUUCCAAUAUUGCUAUUUUUAUUUUCGCAAAUCUAUUUUGGUUUGAACCAAUCAGACAAUUUGUUCGAAUGUCAAAGAGUAAGAAAAAUUUGCAGUUAAUCCAGGGCUCGAACCCGGGACCUCUCAUUUAGAAAGCAAGUAUCCUACCAACUGAGCUAACCGGCUAUCUUACAUCUAUCGACAUAAAAAUUGUUGAUAUCAAAACCUAUGGCUUUUUAAAGCUUGCAGGAUGUUGUAAGGUAGCUUUUGAUUGGCUAGCAGAAGGGUUGUCAGAACGAGGCCAUGAAUAGCUCGUUAUCAGAUCCUAUGCGUAGCGUAUAGGAGAUGUACUUUAGUCAGAUUGACACAAAACAAACAAACAAACUUUUUGAAGUGUACUUUUUUGAUUACUUAUCGGGAUAUAUAUUGAGAUACCAACAGAAUCUAUAUUCCGGGCAAUUUUAAUUCAUAUUGUCCGACUUAACAAUUCAUACAUUUCAUAGCAAGCCUGUAAAGUAUUUAAUAUGCCUGCUUGUGUAGGACAGGGCAUGGAAGCACAUGUCUGACACAAGCUGACAUGUUAGAUCAGUUUUCUGCCUACCAAUGCAAAAUUUUCUAAGAUAGAGGAAAUUAUAAAUUCACACAUGUAGUUUAUGCUAUCAUUUCUAUGACGUCAUCAUGCGAACUUGUAGUUGGUCUUUUCCUAAGAUAAAAGUUAAGGCAAGAUUAAAUGCAACUACCAAGUCCAGAAAAUGCAUUCUUCAUAAAAAAUCAUUCAUAAACUUAACCUAGAUUUUGUAUAAAAAAGAUAGUUUUAGGAUGUUUGUUUGUUUGUUUUGUUUUGGGUUUAACGCCGUUUUUCAACAGUAUUUCAGUCCUGUAAUGGCGGGCAGUUCAACCUAACCAGUGUUCCUGGAUUCUGUACCAGUACAAACCUGUUCUCCGCAAGUAACUGCCAACUUCCCCACAAGAAUCAGAGGUAAUUUCAGACACAAUGUCGUUUAUCAAAUAGUCACGGAGAACAUACGCCCCGCCCGAGGAUCGAACUCACGACCCCGCGAUCCGCAGACCGACGUUCUACCUACUGAGCUAAGCGGGCGGGUGUUUUAGGAUGUAACAGUAAACUCUCCCGCGCAAGUCUUUAUAAGUGUGUGUAUGAUUAAUAUCAUUCUGAAGGUAGCUGGGUACACUUAGAUUCGAAAAUUUUGGACACGGCAAGGCUUACAUGUAGUGAGUCGCAAUAUUGCGCUUCUCUAAUGAGCAGAAUCAGGGCUGUCAUUUUAUAAAUUGCGUGCAUGUUUUGUGCUUUUAAUCAAUGGCAAGUUCAGAACUCUCAUACAAGAAUACAGAAAGUUAUCAAAAUGAAAGUUUUACACCAUCCAUUAAAAAAAUAGCAUGCCAAAAUCAUCAAUUUUGCACUUUUUGAACAGCCUGCAAUGAUCCCGCUGCAGGAACAAUGCCCAAUUUUAUUGCAUUUCUCAAUUUAAUGGUCCCUACUGAACUGCAGGAUAUAAACGGAAUGGGGGCCCAUCCAGCUCGUUUUUUCAAAAACUAGCAAAAAUGUUCCUAAGUAUCAAUCAACAAGCACAGAACCCUUCAGUGAUUUGAAUUUCCCGCGGCAAGGUGACUCAUCGAUACAUACAAAGCUAGCAGAAGUUAGUUUUACAACUGACAUCAGAAUUUUACAUGUAUCGGCUGUUUAAAUUUUCUAAAGAAUUAACAAUCAUUAUUCUCUCACCUUAAUUUACAGACAUCCAAAAUCACGAAGUUCUAAUUAUUACAAAGACAGGGGCCAAAAUUCGAAGUGUACCCUGCUACCUGAAUAGCCACUAUGCAUGACAUAUUGUAAUAUGCAAUGAAAACAUAUGAUAAUCGGUGAGAUACAAAACGAGAAACAACGAGUUUUUAAAACUAAAGUCCUUUUUAAAUGAAGUAUAAAACUGCGAAGAUGCACAUGAGGUCACCACCAUCGCCCUCCGUAUCUUUCCUAUCCAUUUCCAACAUCUUCUUUGGUAUCGUAUCUGAUCUGAUGUUAAAAAUGAUAAAUGGAUGUGCCUAUGACUAUAAUUUGAUGACAAUAUUUAAAAGAUAAUGUUUCUGAAAACCUUUGUUAGAAUAUUAUAAUAAUAACAAAAAUUAUAGUUUUACCAUUUUACCACUUUUGCAAUGUCUUCAACCAUUUAGCUAGGUACAAGCAUAUUGCUCUGGACCAUCCAAGUAAGAGUCUUAUUUUCUAACAGGUUUUAUAAGUGUUUAAAACAUUAUGGCGGUAGCUUUUAUCAAUAACAAAUAUUUGUCAAUUUCAAUAUUAUUUUAAUUAUAUAUAGAUCUUAAUGAUUAAACAUUCUAACAUUG